ACGGACGGGGAAGCGGGUAUCGGGGGUGGCGGAGCCUCGCUGUCCCCGGUGCGGGGUCACCCCUCUCCUUCCCGGGGUCCUUCAGCUGCCCCGGGACCCCCCAAGCGGGCAGCACGGGGGCAUCGGGGCAGGUGUGUCCCCUGCAGCCCCGGGGGUGCCCCUGUCCGCAUGGGCGAUCCCGGGUCACUCCCGGGGGUCACUGACGAGCCCCGUCCGUGUUCUUACGGCGCAGCCAUGUGUCACCACUGGGGUUCGUGUCACCACGGGGAUGUCACCCUGCCGUGGCCCCACCGGCAGGUCUCCGCCUCCCCGUGCGGAGUCGCGGGGGUCCCCGUUUGACACAGGUGACUCUGCGGAAGCACACGUGUGUCCUGGCAGGGUCACCGGGGCCGUUGCCGGGGGCCACUGUGUGCCCUGGCUGGCACAUGCCCUGAGCUCUGCCCCUGGCCCUCGGGGGUGUCCCGGCUGCCCGGCCCCCGCCCGGGGAUCCCCCCGGCCCCCCCGCUGUUUACACUCUCGGGCUAUUUUCGGGCCCCGCGGAUAUUUUUGGCUGCCGGGUGCGGAGCUGGUUGGGGACGGGACGGGCCGUGCUGGUGUCACCCGCCAGGACACCCGAUCCCGGGGGAAGCCGCCGCUGUCCCCGAGGGGGUGUUGCACAAGUGGGGGUCGGAUCCCUCUUGCCGCAUCAGCCCCGCGCCCGCGGCCCGCGCCGUGAGUCAGCCCCGGACAGGUGGGGCCGGACGGGUCACCUGCGGCCACUGGCCUGGCCGGACACCGGCUAUGGCCACCGCGGGGGACGCAGGUGACGCGCGGCGCUGCCGCGGGGCUGCGGUGAUGGCGGAGCAGGGAGAGGAGGACCGGGAGUACCCGGAAUACCGGCGGCUGGAGGACUGCGAGGAGGACUCGCCCCCCGGCGAGGAGGAGGAGGAGCAGCUGCUGCUGCACGUCACUGAAGGGCCGACAGACUCGUGGCACCACAUCAAGGACCUGGACAGUUUCUUCACCAAGAUCUACCACUUCCACCAGAGGAAUGGCUUUGCCUGCGUUGUGCUCUCGGACGUCCUUGAGCUGGUGCAGUUCCUGUUUGUCGUCACCUUCAGCACAUUCCUGCUGUGCUGUGUCGACUACGAUGUCCUGUUCGCCCCCCGCCCCCUCAACCACAGCCACGUCCCCGAGCACACCAAGGUGACCCUGCCAGACGCCGUGCUGCCCGCCCCGCAGUGCGCCCGCAGGCUCCGUGGCAGCGGGUGGCUGCUGUUCCUGCUGGUGCUGGCGGGCGCAGUCUGGCUGUGCCGCCUGGUCACAGCACUCCGGCGCCUCGUGGGCUACUGGGAGAUCCGGAGCUUCUACAUCCGCGCACUCGGCAUCCCCGCGGAGGAGCUGUGUAACCACAGCUGGCAGUCGGUGCAGGCGCGGCUGCUGGCGCUGCAGCGGCGCCAGCCCCUGUGCGUACCACGCCGGGAGCUGACGGAGCUCGACAUCCACCACCGCAUCCUGCGCUUCCGCAACUACACCGUGGCCAUGGUCAACAAGUCCCUGCUGCCCGUGCGCUUCCGCCUCCCGCUGCUCGGCCCCGUGGUCUUCCUCACGCGCGGCCUGCAGUUCAACCUGGAGCUGCUGCUGUUCCGCGGCCCAGCCGCGCUCUUCCAGAACACCUGGAGCCUGCGGCCGCAGGUGAAGCGGGCGGGCUCGCGGCGGGCGCUGGCGCGGGGCCUGGCGCGGGCAGCGGUGCUGCUGGGGGUGGCCAACCUGGCGCUGUGCCCCUGCGUGCUGGGCUGGCGCCUGCUGCUCGCCUUCUUCAGCUAUGCCGAGGGGCUGAAGCGGGCGCCGGGCAGCCUGGGUGCGCGCCGCUGGUCGCUCUACGCCCGCCACUACCUGCGCCACUUCAACGAACUGGGCCACGAGCUGCAGGCGCGGCUCGGCCGCGGCCAUGCGCCGGCCACCAAGUACAUGGACUCGUUCAGCAGCCCGCUGCUGGCCGUGCUGGCUCGCCACGUGGGCUUCUUCGCCGGCUCCGUGCUGGCCGUGCUCAUCGUGCUCACCGUGUACGACGAGGACGUGCUGACGGUGCAGCACAUCCUGACGGCCAUCACGCUGCUGGGGCUCGUGGUCACGGUGGCCAGGUCCUUCAUCCCAGACGAGCACUCGGUGUGGUGCCCCGAGCAGCUGCUGCAGCGGGUCCUCGCACACGUCCAUUACCUGCCCGAGCACUGGCAGGGCCGUGCCGGCCGCGCCGAGACUCGAGCGGAGAUGGCGCAGCUCUUCCAGUACAAGGCGGUUUUCAUCCUGGAGGAGCUGCUGAGCCCCCUCGUGACACCUCUGAUCCUCAUUUUCGCGUUUCCCCCCCGCGCCCUCGAGAUCGUGGACUUCUUCCGCAACUUCACGGUGGAGGUGGCGGGGGUGGGCGACAUCUGCUCCUUCGCGCAGCUGGACGUGCGGCACCACGGCAACCCCCAGUGGCUGUCGGAGGGACACACGGAGGCCCCCCCGGAGCGCCAAGCGGAGCACGGGAAGACGGAGCUGUCGCUGAUGCGCUUCGCCCUGAGCAAUCCCCGCUGGCGGCCGCCGCCGCCCGCUCGCCGCUUCCUCGGCCACCUGCAGGCGCAGGUGACCCGCGACGCGGCCCCGCGCCCCCCCCCGCGGCACCUGCUGGCCGAGGGGCCGCUGGCCGCGUCCCUCCUGUCCGAGGACUCGGCCCUGCCCGAGGGGCUGGUAGCCAGCGUCUUGGCGGCCAGCGGGCUGGUGGCCCGGGACCCGCGCUUUGGGCAGCCCUGCAGCACGGCCAGCGCCACCGCCAGCCUGCUGGCGUCCCUGCGGAACCCCCUGGGGACCCCGCCCUGCGGAGCCCCUGAGAGCCCUGGAGAGCACCAGUGCCCCGAGGACAGGCCGGCGCUGAGUGAGUCGCGGCUGCGCAGCCUGAGCCGCUCGGCGCUGCUGGCCGAGGUGGCCUCGGCCGAGAUGAGCCUUCACGCCAUCUACCUGCACCAGCUCCACCAGCAGCAGCAGCUGCAGGGCCCCGGCCCCCAGCCCGCGGGGGCACCCAAACACCCUUUCGUGACCACAGGCUCGGCUGCCCGGGCCUCGCAGCUGCGGGAGAUGCCGCUGGGCGGGUGGGCCGAGGAGGAAGAGGAGGAGGAAGAGGAGACGAUGACGUAGCCGGACCCGGCUCCGGGUCCUGGUUGUGCCGAGACCCCCCCGGAGGUGCCGGGGGAGCCUCCAGGGGCACAGUGGGGGGCUCGCCGUGCCCACUAUGCUGCCAGGGG